GCGCGAGCCUACAAGUCGCGCAAUAAGAGACCCUGUGAUUUCUGUCGUUACAAGAAAGCCGCGUGCCACUUGGAAAGCACGCCGCCAUGCGAGCUCUGCAUAAGAUACAACAAGGAAUGUACUUUUGUCGAGUCUCCAGCCAAGAGACGCAGGCCGAAUGAGCAAGCAGGCAAGAACGGCGAUACCAUCUUCAAGCAUUCUUCCAAUGCCAGCAUUGAUCAACCCAUCAAUUUCGACCCCUUUGAACCCAUGUCUGCUUCAACGACCACCAACAACUCGAGCGAUCACAAGUUCCCCAACCACAAUCACCGUCACAGCGCAUCCAUGGACACGGAUUCACCGCUGUCUCAGUCGGCAGCCCUGCCUGUGAAUCUGCACCUUCCUUUCGACUCGACAACUGGUGAGCCUUCUCUAGAUCGCCAAAACUCUAGCAAUGCCCAGAUCAUUGGCAUAAGUGGCGAGAGCGACCCAUAUCUACUUUCGAGAUAUCGAUAUGAUGAAUACAACGAAGCCUCAUUCCAGUCCGUGCGAAUGCGCAAAAUGAACGGUGGGCCGGUAGACAACGACAGCAGUGUUCCCACCUUCUUCCAAAUUCAACACAAUGCGCUUGCUGCAAAAGCUCAGCCACAGGACAAGUCGGACACGAACGAGAAGUGGCGCAGAGAGCUCACAGAGCUCGUGGAUGACGAGACAGGCAGAAGACUGAUUCAGCUGUUCUACAAGUAUGUUCAACCAUACUUCCCAGUACUCAGCCGCGAAGGGAGUGAAAGAGAUGCUAUGGGAGUGCGCGAGCCACGUGAGGUUUCCCCCUGCGUCCUGGCAGCCAUAUACGGACACGCUUUACCGUUCUGCGCAUGGGACGAAAAGCUAUGCGUUGAGGUUUAUACGCCACCUUCGGCAGAUGUCUUGUUCAAAAUUGCGUGGCUCUCCUGUCAACCAUGGCUGCACACCCCAAAUAUCGCGGUGCUGCAGACGCUUCUUCUGCUUGUUCAGCGACGCCCGACGAACCGACAUGUUAGUGAUACCCCUUUCAAAUGGGUCAUCAUGACCACGGCGGUCUCGAUUGCACAGGCUCUAGGCAUCAAUCGCGAUCCUACCGACUGGCCGCUUCCUUCAUGGGAGAUUAAGCUGAGAAAGCGAUUGGCGUGGGCUGUGUACAUCCAAGACAAAUGGCUAGCAUUGAACUUCGGACGAAGCAGUCACAUUAAUCCUGACGAUUGGGACGUGCCCGCUCUCACCGAAGACGACUUUCCAGAAGCAGACCGCAAAUUUGACGACGGUCAAAGAACGGACUUCGGCUGCACGCACUUCAUCAAACUCUGCGAACUGACCAUCAUCGUCGACGACAUUCUGCGCGAUCUGUUUACCAUCAAAGCCACGCGCCAGCUCCAUACCAGCCUUGAAUCAACUCUCGAAGUUGCAAAACCCCUCCGAAUCCGCCUAACAGAAUGGCACCAAGCCCUUCCC